CUGACAACAUAGCAUCUCUUCAAGUUUUAUCUCUCUUCUCUCUCUCUCUCUCUCUCUCUCUCUCUCUUAAUCAUCAUCAUCUCCCUCAUAAUCGUCAUCUCUCCAUUCAUUCAUUUCUUUCUCUCUCUUUCUCUUUCUUCAUUUAUCUCUCGCCCCCCACAGCCCAUCCACUCUUUCUGUCUUUUCUUUUCUUCUUUGUCUGUCAUUUUUUGCAGGCAGAGCGCAGCAGGAGAGAGUGCAGUUGAGAUGGGGAUGAUGAUGAUGAUGCCCUCCUUCUCCUACUCAACCAUAUUUCUUUCUUCUUUACUGCUUCAUCUUUUUCCUUAAUUAUUAUCAUUUUUGUUUUCUGUUUUUUAUAUUCUUUUUCCUUUUUUAUUUUCUGUUGGUUUAAGUAAACAAAAACAAAGGAAUAAAAAUCAAAUCUGAAUGAAAGACUGGAGGUGAAGGCCAGCACUAACUCAUAGGAAUUCACUUUCUGCCUUUCAUCUUUCCAGUUGUCUAAUCUCUUCCCUUUUGCUUCCUCCUUCUCUUUCACCAAACCUCCCCUUUUGCUCCCACUUAAAUUUCCCUCAAUAUCACUCAUUACCCUCCUCUUCUCUCUCUCUCUCUCCAUUUUCUCUCUCUCCUCUUUCACCCAACCAGGAGAAAGAAGAAGAAGAAGAAGAAGAAGAUCUACCGUUUAAUGCAACCCCACCCCACAGUACAAGGACUUACAGCAAACACUUCAUUGCCCAAUUGGGCACAUGAAUUAUCCACAAUUUUGAAGACCCACUUGUGCUUUUCGGAGAAUUGAGAAACCCAUUUUCUCAAUUUUCUCAAUUCCCAAUAUCAAAUAUGCAGCAAGGAGCUGGAGGGGCCCAAACCCAUUAUGGAGUUGGGGCAGCUGAAGACAUGGGAGCUGCUGCUGCUGGUCCUUCUUCUUCUUCCAUGGCAGCCGCAGCAGCAGAAGCUGGAGACCAAGCCCAGCUAGUAGAAGCAGCCUCGCCAAUCAGCAGCAGGCCUCCUGCUUCCGCCUCUGUCAAUCUGGACGAGCUCAUGACUCUCUCUGGAGCAGCUGCUGCAGCUGAAGACGCUCUCGCUGGUUCGAGAGACGAAGCAGAUCGCGGUGGCGGUGGCGUUGGGUCCAGUGGGAACAGGUGGCCGCGUCAAGAAACCUUGGCCCUUCUCAAAAUCAGGUCAGAGAUGGAUGUGUCCUUCCGCGACGCCACCCUCAAAGGUCCCUUGUGGGAAGAUGUUUCCAGGAAGCUAGCGGAGUUGGGGUACAAAAGAAGUGCCAAGAAAUGCAAGGAGAAAUUCGAGAACGUGCACAAGUAUUACAAGCGGACGAAAGAAGGCCGCGCGGGUCGUCAAGACGGCAAGAGCUACAAGUUCUUCAGUGAGCUGGAAGCUCUACACGGCACCACUGCCGCCACGUCCUCAGUCAACAUGUCAGCCUCUCCCGCUGUCCACGUCACCCACGCUUCCCCUAAUCCGGUUUCUAUCGGUUUCAGCAACCCCAUGCCCAUCUCAUCCUUCAGAAUGUCACCCACAAUUCCCGUAAUGCCCUCCCAACAACCUCCCGCUACAUUUCCAGUAAUGCCCUCCUCCCAACCGCCACCGACAGCAGCAACAACGGCCACUCCAAUGGACAUAAACUUUUCCUCCAACAGCUCUUCUUCGUCCCCGGGGACCGACGACGAGGACGACGAUGAUGACGUGGAAGGAGAGCCUUCGAGUCGAAAACGGAAGAGAGGGGGUGCUAGUACUAGCACCAGCGGCAGCGGCAGCACCCGAAAAAUGAUGGAGUUUUUCGAGGUUCUGAUGAAGCAGGUGAUGCACAAGCAAGAGACCAUGCAGCAGAGGUUUCUAGAAGUAAUAGAGAAGAGGGAGCAGGACAGGACCAUAAGGGAAGAGGCGUGGAAGCGUCAGGAGAUGGCUCGGCUGACUCGGGAGCACGAGCUCAUGAACCAAGAGCGAGCCAUCUCAGCGUCCAGAGACGCCGCCAUCAUCGCUUUUCUGCAGAAAAUUACUGGUCAGACUAUCCAACUACCUCCGCCCAUCAACGUCCACGCCGCUCCGCCGCCACCUGUCCCUCCGUCGGUGCCGGUUGUCACCCCGUUGGCUCAGCAAUCGGUCCAGCCGCCGAUACAGACAUCGUAUCAUCAAACGACUCCGCAGCAACAACACGCGCAACAGGUUCGUCACCAUCAGCAGCAGUCGCAGAAUCUUCAGGUGGUGAUGGCUGUACCGGAGCAGCAGGUGCAGCCGCCGCAAGAGAAUAUUUCUAGCGGAGGAGGAGCAGGAGGGAGCUUAGAACCGGCGUCGUCUUCGAGAUGGCCCAAGGCGGAGGUGCUUGCACUGAUAAAGUUGAGAAGUGGGCUCGAGUCGAGGUACCAAGAGGCGGGGCCGAAGGGUCCACUUUGGGAGGAGAUUUCGGCGGGGAUGGGGCGGAUGGGGUACAAGAGGAGUUCCAAGAGAUGCAAAGAGAAAUGGGAGAACAUCAACAAGUACUUCAAGAAGGUGAAGGAGAGCAAUAAGAAGCGGCCCGAGGAUGCGAAAACAUGUCCAUAUUUUCAUGAACUUGAUGCUCUUUACAGGAAAAGGAUACUGGGCGGCGGCGGUGGAGGCGGCAGCAGCAGCUCAUUGGGUAACCAGAACAGGCCAGAACAACCACAACAACAGCCACUGCAGCUGGAGAACCCGAAAUCAGAUUCGGCAACGCAGCCGCAAGAUAGGAGCUUACAGGCCCAACCAAGUGUGCCUGUAAUGUCACAAACACAAGAGGCAGUGGUAGCUACUGAUCAAUCAGAAAACAAGAACGGAGAUCAUAGUGCAAAUGUGGAAACAAGUAACAUGGGUUUGAGAGCAAAUCUCUUUGGAGAGGCAACAGAUGAGGCAGCCAAGAAGAAGACAUUGUGAAGGAGUUGAUGCAGCAGCAGCAGGUGCAUGAUCAUCUUCAACAAGGGGUACAUCAAUUAGCGGUAGACGACUAUGAUAGGAUUGAGGAAGCCGAUAGCGACAAUAUUAUGGAUCAAGAUGAGGACAUGGAAGACGAUGAUAUCGAUGAAGAAGACGAUGAUGAAAUGGAAGAAGAGAGGAAGAUGGCUUAUAAGAUAGAGUUUCAGAAACAGAACACAACAGGUCCGUCCUCUAAUGGGGGAGGCAAUGGGGCUCCCUCAUUCUUGGCCAUGGUUCAAUGAGUGCAUGAGAAUGAGAAAAGAAUAUGCAUUGCAUGGCCAAACUUUACUGUACCAUAUGUACGUAUCUACUUCCUGUUCAGAAAAAUCAGAAGCAGCUCAAGUAAGAUUAUACCUCACAUGAUCACAUCUACCUGAGCAGUUGGAAAUCCUGAUAGCAUAUAUUUCUUCCAAUUUCUUUUCUUUUUAUAAUUUGUUUUCUUAAAUUUCUUUCAUUCUCCUUUGCUCAUCACCCAAUUCAUCAUCUUCUUCUGAUUUUUGUUGUUCCUCUUGAUCUUCUUCUUCUUCUUUUUUUUCUACUUCUUGGGUAGGAUAGCUUUUCUGAGAUGAAUUAAUAUCUUGGAUUAGUUUUCUUCCAAUUUAUUGAUUUAUUGGUGAAUAAAAAACCGUUUCAAGGGAAAAAAACGGAAGGGGGAUUGGAUUAAGACACAGGAAAAAUAAGCUGCUUGCUCUAAAAUUUCAAGCAGCAGCAUCUUCAUAAGAAGAACAAAACAAAGCCCGGAAAAGAGAGGGAGAAGAAGUGACAGUCUCAUCAGAAGCAGAAGCAGAUGAUUCAGCAGUAUUCUUUUUUUACUUUUAUUUAUUUAUUUUUGUUCUUGUUAAUUAAGCUUUCCUUUUACUUCUUCUGUAACUUGCUUGGUUUAUUUGAAUGAAUGAAUGAACAAGCUGGGCUCUCUAGAAUUCAUCUUCCCUA